GUGUCUGCAAUCUAGUGGAUUCCAUGGCUGGUUAUAUGUUACCUACCAAGUUGCUCUCCUCUUCUCAUGUCCACAAACUUUGAUGCUCAUGGGUAAAUUUUCAGCAGCCUCAGCAGGGGAAGAAGGAGGAGGACCUGCAUCUGUUCAUAUUUAUAUUCAUCCACACGCUUUUUGAGACGAGCAAAACUGAACAGAUCCCAAACAAGAGAAGCGCUCACUCUUUCUCUCUCUCUCUCUCUAUCUCAAGCAAAUAAUGAGGCCAAGAUCAAGGCGGCAGAAAGAGACGUAUUGGGCUGAACUGUGUUGUUUGGGUUGCACGUGUCUGCAGCUCUGGACCAAGGUUGUGAUCCGCAAAUGGCUCAAUAUCAGCACCAAAGACUCUGAUUUUAGUGCUGAUGAAGGGGAUACCACCGAGAGCGAGUACGAAUUUGAAGAGAUGUGCCGAUGGGAGAGGCAAUUGUGUGAGGAAGAGAGGAGAUUGGAAGGGCUUGGGGCUGAAUCAUAUGGUAAUCCUGCAGACAUUCCAUAUGGAUGUAGAAGACGAAAGUCGGAGACCCUUCGUGCACAUUAUAUCGAUACCAAAGAACUAAGGAUUUGUGCAGGGACAUGGAAUGUUGGAGGAAAGCUUCCACCUGAUGACCUUGACAUAGAAGAUUGGCUGGAUUUGGAGGAGCCUGCUGAUAUCUAUGUUCUCGGUCUUCAAGAAAUCGUUCCCCUUAAUGCUGGGAACAUCUUUGGUGCUGAGGAUAACCGCCCAGUUCCAAGAUGGGAAAAUCUCAUUCGCCGAACACUGAACAAAGUCCAACCAUCUAAAACUAAGUAUAAAUGUUACAGUGAUCCUCCUUCACCAUCAAGAUUCAAGCCAGCAGAUGAUGCUCCAAUACUUGAAGACGAACUAUCAGCUGGCAGCGAUAGUGGCAGCGAUGAGGAACUACAUCCAGUAGAUGAUGAUGAAUCCUUUAGUUUCCAAGUAAAUGAUCAGCACGAUAUUGCAAGUGGAGAUGAAUUCAAGACUUUUGAUCGAUCUCAGAUAAGUUUUAAGCAUCAUGAAGUAAAAUCAGAAGCAUCAAUUCCGCAAUUAAAUAUAUUAUCCAAGACACUUAGCAGCUCAGAAAGAAUUGGGAUGAUUUGGCCGGAACAACAAUUGGACAAAUCGUUGGAUAAUUCAAGGCAAUUUAGUUCAGUUAAGUCUUUUAGACGUUUCAAUUCGUUCAAGUCUCUACAGGAGUAUAAAGAUUCUACAGGGCCUGAACUGAUUUCUGAGCUUAAGCUCGAUGAUUUUCUGAAACUGAAAACAAGAAAAUCACCUUUUGUGAGGAUAAUAAGUAAGCAAAUGGUUGGGAUAUAUCUUUCGAUAUGGGUACGCAGAAGUCUUCGGAGGCAUAUUAUGAAUUUGAAGGUGUCAACAGUUGGUGUAGGUCUCAUGGGAUAUAUUGGUAACAAGGGAUCGAUAUCAGUCAGCAUGUCUAUAUAUCAAACACUAUUUUGCUUUGUAUGCUGUCACCUGACUUCAGGAGAAAAAGAUGGUGAUGAACUUCGAAGAAAUGCUGAUGUGCAAGAAAUUCACCGGAGAACACAAUUUAGUUCAGUUUCCAAAAUUGGCUUGCCGAAAAGUAUAUAUGACCAUGAGAGGAUAAUUUGGUUGGGAGAUCUAAAUUACCGUAUCAACUUAUCAUAUGAUAAGACGCUUGACCUCAUCUCAAGAAAGGAAUGGCCUAAGCUAAGCGAGAAGGAUCAGUUGAAGUUGGAAUUAAGGAAAGGCCGGGCUUUUGAUGGAUGGUCAGAGGGAUUAAUUUACUUUCCUCCUACCUAUAAAUACGAAUUCAACUCUAACAAGUAUAUAGGGGAGGAUCCAAAGGCUGGGAGGAGAACCCCUGCAUGGUGUGACCGAAUUCUUUCAUAUGGGAAGGGCAUAAGGCUAUUGAAAUAUAGACGGAGUGAGCUGAAGCUUUCGGAUCAUCGCCCUGUGACUGCAACUUUUACAGCUGACGUUGAGAUCUUUUGCCAAAGAAAGCUCCAGAGAGCGCUCGCAUUCACAGAUGCAGAGAUUGAAGAGGAUAUUAUAUCCGAGAUAGAAACUGAGGACGAUUCCUGAGACUAGGAGAGGAUAUUGCAGAAUGGGAGCACUAAAAUGAAAUAGUUCUGAUAAGGCGUCUCUUGAAUUUCAGUGAUGGUUUCGAGGCUUAGAUGUUCGAUUAAGGAGCAUGGAGUUGGUGAAGAGUUUUGAUGUUAGAAUGACUGCUGGUUGUGAAGCUCAUAGGUUGUAUAGACUUUUGUACCAUGAGAAGUUCAAUUUCGUCCGCUCACUGUAAGAUACCCUGUGAUUUUCAUCCAAAUUUUGCGUAGAAGCAGGCAUUGUUCCAAAUGUGUAAAGUUAUGACAUUAUGGGUGCAGACACUAAUAAUUAAUUGAAGGCAAAUAUUUUUUGGUUGAUAAAAUUACAAGAGAA